AAAAAUUGUGACAGCCGAUGCGAUUUUUAUUUCAAAAACAAUUUGCUAAUAUUGUAAAAAUGCUACGAUAAACAAUACAUUGUUGCUCAACUUACCAGUUUUGUAGUAAGCUAUUUAUAGUUCGUCUAAGUUAGUGUUAUUUGAAACAUAACCUCAAAGUUGAGGACGCUGAUAUUGAAUAGUGGUGCAAAAUGUUUUCUAUUUGUCGCCAAACGCACCCGGCUACUGGCAUAGAACAUGCUGUGAGUUGUUGCUUCUUUAACAAUGACGAGACGUGUCUGGUUACCGCUGGCGCCAACGUUAUCAAGGUUUUUAGGCUUGUGCCUGAAGGCCCUACAAAGGAGGUUAAUGCCGCUGGCCAGCCGAUCCCUCCAAAGAUGAAGUUAGAAUGUCUAGCAACUUACACACUAUGGGGCAAUGUUAUGUCCAUUGCAGCCGUAGCAUGUGCAAGUUCGGGACGGGAUCUACUCCUCAUAUCCUUCAGAGAGGCCAAGCUGUCUGUGGUACAGUACGACCCACAGACUAAUAACUUGAUCACGCUAAGCAUGCAUUAUUUUGAAGAGGAUGAUAUGAAGGGAGGCUGGACAACACAUCCACACAUUCCCUGGAUCCGUGUCGACCCAGAAUGUCGCUGUGCCGUGAUGUUGCUGUACGGCAAGAAAUUAGCAGUGUUGCCAUUCAGAAAAGACAUUGCUUCCGACGAAUCUGACCCUUUGGAAGCCAAACCCCUUGCUGAUACUAAAAAUCAACCCGCCCAACCAAUGACUCGUGCGCCGACACUCGCCUCGUACGUGAUCGUGCUCAAAGAUUUAGACGAGAAGAUAGACAACGUUCUGGAUUUACAGUUCCUGCACGGCUACUACGAACCCACGCUACUGUUGUUGUACGAACCUGUCAGGACGUUUGCUGGGCGGACAGCGGUCCGAAACGACACAUGCGCGAUGGCGGGCGUGUCUCUCAACAUGUCAGCCCGAGUCCACCCCGUCAUCUGGGCCACCGCCGGCCUGCCCUUCGACUGCAUACAAGCAGUGCCUAUACAGAAGCCUCUCGGUGGUUGUCUGAUCCUGGCUGUAAACUCUCUCAUCUACCUCAACCAGUCCGUGCCCCCGUACGGGGUGUCACUCAACAGCAUCGCCACACAUACUACCAACUUUCCACUACGCAUCCAGGAGGGCGUGUGCAUCACGCUGGACGGCGCGUGCGUGGCGGCGCUGGGCGAGGCGCGGCUGGCGCUGUCGCUGAAGGGCGGCCAGCUGUACGUGCUGACGCUGCUGUCCGACUCCGUGCGCUCCGUGCGCAGCUUCCACCUGGACCGCGCCGCCGCCUCCGUGCUCACCACCAGCAUGUGCGUGAUAGAAGAAGACUUCCUAUUCCUGGGGUCUCGUUUGGGCAACUCCCUUCUACUAAGAGUGACAGAGCGAGAGAACCGUAUGCUGUUCUCCGUGGACCGUCCGCUUGAAGCCACCGUGGACCUCACUGUCUCUGACUCAGAUCGCCAAGAACCACCGAGCAAGGAGAAGAACCCUCAGCCGGAUUCCGAGCCGUCGUCCAAGAAGCGUCGCCUGGACAGCAUCAGCGACUGCAUCGCUAGCAACGUGAUAGAGAUCAGCGACAAGGACGAGCUGGAGGUGUACGGGUCCGACAUACGGACCUCCACGCAGCUCACGAGCUAUGUGUUUGAGGUAUGCGACUCGCUGCUAAACAUCUGUCCUAUCGGCGACAUCUCAAUGGGCGAGCCGCAGCUGUCAGGCGAGGACACGAGCUCCGAGCCGGGAAUCGAACUGGUAGCCUGCGCCGGCCGCGGCAAGAACGGAGCCUUGUGUGUGCUGCAGAGGGCGCUGAGGGAUCAGCUGAUCACUGCCUUCAGUUUACCUGGCUGUGUGGAUAUGUGGUCGGUGUUCGGGGCGUCGGGCGCGGGAGACUCCAGGGACGCCGACUGCCAGCACGCGUACCUCAUCCUCACGCAGGAGGACUCCAGCAUGGUCCUCCAAACGGGCCAGGAGAUCAACGAGGUGGACAACUCGGGGUUCAUGACGGGCGCGCCGACGGUGUUCGCCGGCAACCUGGGCAACAACAAGUUCAUGGUGCAAGUUACUACUACCACCAUACGACUUAUUAAGAAUGGCGUUCAAAUUCAGUCAAUCCAGCUGGAGUGGACAGCAGUAUAUGCAGCUACAGCAGACCCCUACAUCUGCGUGGUGUCCUCUUGUGGUCGAGCGCUGGUUCUAGCCCUGAGGGAGUUCCGGGCUAAGGAUGGGAUGGGCACGGCGCGGCUGGCGCCCACCCGGCAGCCCGUGCCGCACCGGCCCGCGCUGCUGCGGGCCGCGCCCUACCGGGACCUCAGCGGGCUGUUCACCUCCGCAGACCUGGAGACCGUGCAGGUGAAAGGCGAGUUCACUGGCAAGAACAAGACCAACGUGAAGGCGGAAGGGUUCAAGCCGGGACAGGUUUACGAGCUGAAUGAUGAAGACGAGCUCCUCUAUGGAGGAGACCAGACUCCCGCUUCUAUGGCCAGCAUAAUGUUAGCAGAACAAUCCAAGAACCCGGGUGUUCCUCGCCGUAUAUCCCGCUGGUGGAAGAAAUACCUUCAGGAGGUGAAACCUACGUACUGGUUGUUCGUGGUGCGGAACAACGGCAACUUGGAGAUAUACUCGCUCCCAGAGAUGCGGCUCAGCUUCCUCGUCAGAGACCUCGCUAAGGGGCAUCGGAUCCUCGCAGACAGCUUGGAGUCCGUGCCGGAAGCGACGCCGCUAGAUGAUGAGGAUUCUUCAUCGUCGCACAACCCGGAGGUGGACAGGAUCAAGGAGAUACUGGUUGUCGGGUUGGGGAACAAGGGCAGUCGAGUGCUCAUGAUGUUGAGGUGUGAUGACGAGCUCAUGAUAUAUCAGGCCUACAAAUACCCUCGGGGCAACUUGAAGAUGCGUUUCUCUCGUAUGGCGGUGUCGUUCCCCUUCGGGUAUACCGGCGGGGUGACCAACAACGAUGACAACUACGAGACUGGCGUGCUGCGGGAGAACGUGCGUCAGUUGAGGUAUUUUGCCAACGUGGGCGGCUACAGCGGCGUGGCGGCGUGCGGCGCGGCGCCGUACGUGGUGCUGCUGACGCCGCGCGGCGAGCUGCGCGCGCACCCGCUGGCGGCCGCCGCGCCGCCGCUGCACGCCUUCGCCGCCUUCAACAACACCAACUGCCCGCAGGGGUUCCUCUACUUCAACGCGCAGUCGGAACUCCGUAUUUGCUCGCUACCAACCCACCUCUCCUACGACGCGCCGUGGCCGGUCCGCAAGGUGCCCAUACGGAUGACGCCACACUUCGUGACGUACCACCUGGAGUCCAAGACGUACUGCCUCGUGGCGUCAACGUCCGCGCCCGCCACCUCCUACUACAAGUUCAACGGAGAGGACAAGGAGAAGUCCGCCGAGAACAAGGGAGACAGGUUCCCGUACCCGAUGCAAGAGCGUUUCUCAGUGAUGCUGUUCUCACCGGUCUCCUGGGAGAUCAUUCCCAACACGCGCAUCGAGCUCGACGAGUGGGAACACGUCACCUGUCUUCAGAACGUCGCAUUGUCUUACGAGGGAACUAGGUCUGGCUUGAGAGGUUACAUCGCGUUAGGAACAAAUUAUAAUUACAGUGAAGACAUCACUUCCAGAGGAAGGAUAAUAAUCUAUGACAUCAUAGACGUGGUUCCGGAGCCCGGGCAGCCACUCACCAAGAACAGAUUCAAGGAGCUGUACGCCAAAGAACAGAAGGGACCCGUCACCGCGCUCACUCAGGUGCUUGGGUACCUCAUAUCCGCGGUGGGGCAGAAGAUUUACAUCUGGCAACUGAAAGACAACGACCUCGUCGGCGUGGCGUUCAUAGACACGCAGAUCUACGUGCACCGACUUCUGGCGGUCAAGAACCUGAUCCUAGUGGGCGACGUGUAUAAAUCCGUGUCGUUGCUAAGGUAUCAGGCGCAGCACCGAACGCUGUCGCUCGUCGCUAGGGAGAUGAGAACUGCGCAGAUCUACGAUAUGGAGUUCAUGGUAGACAAUUCGAACCUUGGCUUCCUGGUGAGUGAGGUGGACGGCAACUUCGCGCUGUUCAUGUACCAGCCUCAAGCACGGGAGAGUUAUGGAGGUCAGCGGCUGAUCCGCAAGUGCGACUACCAUUUGGGCCAGCAGGUUAACGCUAUGUUCCGGAUCAACGCCAAGCCGGUCCCCGGCGCCAACAACAGGCGACACGUUACCAUGUUCACGACUCUCGACGGCGGGCUAGGCUACGUGCUGCCUCUAUCAGAGAAGAUGUACCGCCGGCUGCUGAUGUUGCAGAACGUGAUGAACAACUACUGCUGUCACCUCGCUGGACUCAACCCUAGAGCAUACAGGACAUACAAGGCGCGGCGGACGGCGGGCGGCGGGCCCGCGCGCGGCAUCCUGGACGGCGACCUCGUGGCGCUCUACACCUCCAUGCCGGUACCGGACAAGCACGACAUUGCAAAGAAAAUUGGAACGAAGGUGGAAGAAAUAAUGGCGGACCUGUACGAGAUAGACAGACUGACUGCGCACUUCUAGACAUAAUAAUUAAAUAAGAUGCUCUUGUAAAUAUUAAGAUUAAAGUAUUAUUUUUAA